CGAAAUUUGAAUGUUUAGCCUUUUUUUCAGAUGUUGUGUGCGCGUUGUUAAUUAAGAGAUAAGCAGAUUUGAUUGAAAGUCAGAUAUCAACACAUUGACUUUGUCGAGGCUGGUAUGGAUCCUGGUACUGUGUCUCUGUUUCAAAGAGUUUCUGAGAAGCUCGGCUGGGAUAGACAUGAAAAUCUUGAUAAAGUUGAAGAAAAGUUGGUGAAGGGUUUGAAUAAAAGCAGAAGGCCAGCGGUGGGCAGCAUUGACUCAGACCAACGUCAUCGGACAAACAAACUCCUGAUGUCUGAUAGCGAAGAAGACUCGCUGAAAGAAAAUCUAAUAUUAUUGAGUUCAGAUGAUGACGACUUUGAUCAAUUUCUUGCUCAAAGGGCUACGCCAAAAUCCACAUUUAAACAGUCAACAUCAGCUGCUAGUAAAAUAAGAGAAUCCAUUCCUGUCUUGUCUUCAGAUAGUGAUGAUGAGUUUGAAAGCUUUUUAAAUCGAGUGAAAACCCCAAAGACUAAAGUGAAGUCCCAGUCUGUGAGCGGCAGUGAGGAGGACAGUUUGAAACGCUUUAUAGUGGACAGCAUGUCAUCUGAUGAUGAUUUUAUUCAUGACAAGAGGAAGACUUCCAUUAGUAAAGGAAAACAAACUCCUAAACUAGGAGCUAAAACUCCUAAACGGCUUCAGAAGACAGAGAAACUUCCUCCGCCUCGCUGUGAUUCUCCAGUUUUCCUCAGUGACGGCGAUGAUGACAGUAAUGUUGUGAUGAAGAGUACCUGGAGAUCCAGACACAGCCGACCACCAUCUGAAGAACAUCCUAACUCCAGUAGAGACAGAGAGAGACCUGCGGUUCCUCCACCAGAGAUCACAGUGAGCAAACACAAGACUGGAUAUGAGACGUGCAGCUCUGAGGAAGAGUUUCAGUCUUUACUGGACCGAGUCAGACUUAAUCACAAUCUGGGAGGAAAAACACAAAGUCCAAAAUCAGAACCCAAACCACGAGCGCCCUGUCUCUCAACACCAUCUGCAGUGAGUAAGAAAUCACAGGUAACCCAUACUCCAAUACAGACGCCCAUCAGCAGACCUGUGAGUCAGACUGAACCCAGAGCUCCAGCAAACAGCAGAGUGGUGUUGUGUAAAACGCCAGGUUGUUUCCUGCAGUCUCUGUCUGUCCCUGGAUCUUCAUACUGCCGUGGAUUUAAACAAAACAAAGAGGAGCUCACCAGUAAACUCUAUCAGCUCUACAACACAAGUGUGUUUGACAACAAGCUUCCUGCUGAUAUGUCCAUUACAUGGAAUAAGAAGAUGAGGAAGACAGCUGGAUAUUGUAUCUCAGGUCAAGAGCGAGGCACAGGAAACCGCUACGCCCGCAUCGAGCUGUCUGUCAAAGUGUGUGACUCCGCAGAUCGGUUACGUGAUACGUUAGUUCAUGAAAUGUGUCAUGCUGCCACGUGGCUCAUAAACAACGUUCGUGAUGGUCACGGGCCCUUCUGGAGACUCUAUGCCCGUAAAGCGAUGCUGGCGCAUCCCGAGCUGCCCAUGGUGUCACGCUGUCACAGUUAUGACAUCAACUACAAGUAUCAAUAUCAAUGUAAUCGCUGUAAGAACACGAUUGGGCGUCACUCUAAAUCACUGGACACUAGCAGGUUCGUGUGUGCUUUGUGCACUGGGCAGUUGGUCUUACUGACUCCAUCAAACCAGCGGGGACCCACACCCUUCGCCACAUUCGUGAAGGAGAACUACGGUACAGUGAGACAGGAACUGACCGGUCCGAGUCACGCCGACGUCAUGCGUAAACUCAGUGCCGACUUUGCCACAAAGACACGUCUCAGUCAAAGCUGAUAACCUUAAAUACCUCAAAUUGUUGUACCUCAGACUGUUGCAUUCGUAUCGGUUCUGUUAUAGUGCUGGAGGAAGUUGUGAUCGUUUACUGUGAAUUGAUUAUAUUUAUGAGCCUGAGCUCUAUGAAAUUUGAGCUGUAUUCAGAUCAGUGCAUUCUUGUUUAUCAUUUCAUUCCUGGAAUGUUCUCUUACUGUCUUUUAUGUGUCUAAUUAUUUUAAACAUUGGAUGUUUUUAUCUUCACAUUUUCCCAUAAUAA